AGAGAGAAGGGGGUAAAACGAGUUUGUGGUUAAAGAAAAUUAACGAUUCCCCGAUUGAGUUGUCGAUUGAUCGCAAAAAAAAGACGUCAUCGAGUUCAACGGCAGGUUACGGCGCCGAGGCGCAUCAUUUUGGCUCGAUGGAAUGAUCGAUAUCGACAACUAUCGUCGCGAGUGUUGCUGUUGUUAUUGUUGCUCGACAAUCGAGCCGGCUCGAUGCGCCGCUGAAGGACACGCGACCGGCAAAGUAGCGAGAGGUGAUCGACAAGUGCGACCGCGCUAAAGUCGCAGUCACGUGGCUCGUGAUGAUGUAAGGUGACCUAAGUGAACGGUGCUGUGGAGACGAAAUGACGCGCGACAAGAGGCUGCUGCUGCUGCUAGGUCUGCUGAUGGCUUACGGCCUCUUCGUGGUCGAAUGCCGGUACCAUCAGCGAGAGGACGCGACGACGACCGAGACGAGACAUCGACACAGGCACAGACAUGAGUCCUCGAAUCGAAGGGGUCAUCACGAGCUCGAUAGGAGACCCUGGCAGGAGGUGGACUACGAGUACAAUGGAGACUCCGAGGAGCCGAUCGAUGAGGAUGAUUACGAAGCGCGAUCGUAUUACGAUCAUCCCAGAUCGCAUCAUCGAUCCGCGCAGAGGAGUUAUCACAGUCGGAUGGUCGAGCCGCGCUAUCCGCCUAGGUAUCACGAUGGAUAUUACACCGGCUGGUAUGACGAGAACGACAGGCGCAGAAUUCCAUCGCGAUACAACGCAAAGAAUUAUCGAUACGGACGUGGCAGGACUCAUCAUAAAUCUGCGUUUUCACGCAAUCGCGACAUGGAUUUCGACGACUAUACGGAGGAAGAUUAUGAACGGUCGCAUAUGUAUGGAAAUGGCCGGGUCGAUAAACACCACGAGUGGUGGAGAAACGCCAGGCGAUACGCUUUCGGGAGAGACUGGAGAAACAGGAUGAACGAAGGUGCGAGAAGGCAUCGCCCGGAAGAUCGAGAAAGCGUCAUCGAUCGUAGCGACGGCAUGAGGUGGACGAACGACUGGAAGAAAAAAUCCAACUCAUCGGAGUCGAAAUAUCAUCUCCCGAAAGACGAUUGGAAGAUAGAGGAGGACGAGGAUUACGAGGAUCACGGCGGACUUGAAGAGGAUGAUAAAGAUGAGGACGAGAACAAUUUCUGGAAGGAGACCGAUGUCAAGGGAAACGAGAACAGUGAGGACAACGAGGAGGAAGAGCUCGACAACGAUUUCUACAAGAACGAGACAAAACCACCCUUACAAACAUACGAUGACAUCAUCAGAAGACUCACGUCUGACGAUCCGACCACUCCGAAGAGCACCGUCAAGAGGAAUUACCGGAACAUUGAGAAUAAGCACACAAAGCGCGAUGAUUAUAAAAAUCUUAAAUACGAACCGAGGAAUAUUUCUAAACCGCUGGAUCACUUCACAAGCGCUGCUAAUAAUAAUACAUCUAACAAUACAUCUAAUUAUUUCGCAAAUAAACGAACCGUGCAGACAUCGAUCGACAAAUCCGUUGGGCACAAAUCCCCAAAGAACACAGUCAGUGGUACGGUCAAGGGUCACGAUCGUCUGGAUCGAAAGACAGUUGACACUAAGACUAAAAGUCUGGAGCAGGAUUACGACGAAUAUCUGAACAGCCCGGACAACGAGAAGGAAGAUGAUCUCGUCAAAGCUGGGGUCGAGGACGACUCAGGCAUGCAGGCGGACGUCACUAAUACGGAUUACAUUGACGACGAAAAUGGCGAUGGCGACGAGACCGAUACCUUCACAACAAAGUCGACUACCACGACUACAACCACGACGACGACGCCAAAGCCGUUGGUCAACCAGCGCUACGAUUAUAAGAAUUCGAGAGCCUACGAAAGCGGCAGCGGGGCUCAAUAUAACGGGUACCAAGGGAAAAACGACUACCCGCCGAUGUCUGCUCACAGCGUUCACAAGUGGCAGUCACUCGGCACUCGCGAGGGCGUCAAAGAGACCAGACGCAACAUGCAGCAGUACAACAAAAACGGAAGAAUGAACGAACGUGAUCCUAAAGACAGAAGCGAGAUGAAUAAACAUAAUGGGAAAGUUCAUAAUCCUUGCGGUAGCAACAUAAAUUGGAUACCUAAGUCAAGAUUAGCUGGCUGUCAAACGACCAUCCAUAGACCACAGUUUGACGCGUAA